AUGGACAGGGUUGCUAGUGUGGUAGUUUAUUUUGGGAGUUCAAAAUACAAUUUUCAAGCAAGGACUUCAGUUAAUAUUAUUCUCAAGAUAGCAGAUGAUGCAACAGAAAUAGUACACAAUGCAACAAGAGUACUAGAAGACGUCCAAAAAGAUUGGGAAUCCAACAUUAGUGCUGAGUUUUCUGCAAAACUUAACUCCACAGCCAAUAAAUUGAAUCAUACUGUUGAUGAUAUUUGUUAUAAUGUGCUGGUUGUUGACGGUGGUAAUCUGGCUAAUCCUCGGAUUGUAUAUCUUCUUGGAAAAGUGAAUUCAAACGUGGGGUCUUUGCUUCCAGAUGGAACUUAUCUAUGCGAUCCUUUCUCAGCACCACCAGAAUAUUCGUAUCAGCCAGAACUUUGCCAACCAAGUAGUAUUCUAAUAGGAGAUAUCCCGAAGGUAUUGAAGCCUUAUACUUGUUUUAGUGAUAAUUAUGAAAAAUGUGGGACUGGUCAAGAUUUCAUAAGUGUUGGUGAAUAUCAAGUAGUUGAGACUUACACAAAUUCAAUUCAGAGCAUAUUGAAUAUGUAUCCUAGUAUGGAAUACUUGAUACAAUGCCAGUUAGUAAAAGACGCAUUCUCUCAAAUCAUUCUCAAACACUGCAAGCCUAUGAGGAAAUUUUCUCACAUGACGUGUACAUCAGUGGUGAUUCUUGCAGGGAUCAUGGUGUUGUUUGUUGUGCUAUGGCCAAUAAAGGCUUGCCUAGAUCGUAGUUAUCAUCAUUCGGAUUCUUCUGUAUAA